GGUGUCGUGUGGUCACUGCGGCGGAUGUUGAUGUUCUGCUCCGGAGCUGGCUGAGCGAUGUGAACGUAUCUGCUCGACAUUCUCCCGUGGUUGUCUUCGCGGUUCUGCGGUUCUCUCGGUAAAGAUUCGCUGUCCGUCGGCAUCGUGUCUGUCCCGGUGUCUCUCCCGGGAAGCGCGAAGCCGAGUCGUGCGAUGAUGGAGGACUUUGACGAGAUCUACGAAGAGGAGGAGGAGGAGGAAGAGGAGGACGAGGACAGGGCCGCGGAGGAGCAGCUCCUCAAGUACGCUCCGGACCCGGUGGUGGUGCGCGGGUCCGGCCACGUCACUGUGUUUGGGCUAAGCAACAAAUUUGAGUCGGAAUUUCCUUCAGCACUUACAGGAAAGGUGGCACCAGAGGAAUUCAAAGCCAGCAUCAACCGCGUGAACGGCUGCCUGAGGAAGACUCUGCCGGUGAAUGUGCGGUGGCUCCUGUGUGGCUGCCUCUGCUGCUGUUGCACGUUGGGUUUCAGUUUGUGGCCUGUCAUCUGCCUUAGCAAGAGGACCAGACGAUCUCUAGAGAAACUCCUGGAGUGGGAGAACAGCAGACUUUACCACAAGUUGUGUUUGCAUUGGAGACUAAGCAAAAGGAAGUGUGAAACCAACAACAUGAUGGAAUACGUAAUCCUAAUAGAGUUCUUACCUAAGAUCCCCAUCUUCAGACCCGACUAGCCCGACUCCGGCCCCAUCUGGAACCUCCGCCGCGGCCCAGCUCUGUCCCGGAACAAGCUCCUGAAUAAAUCCCCCAAUGUUUUUUGUUUACAGGGUAGCAUUAAGCCUCUCCCAUCUCUCUUUGACCCGUUCUCCAACACAUACCCCCACGUUUACAAAUCCGGCCACCCCGACCCUGGUCUUUGGAGCAAAUUCACUGUUGAAACACAACCCACUGGAGCUAUCUGGGUCACAGUUUAGCCUUACUAACCAGCACCAGCCAGUGGAAUGUAAAGAGAUGGCUUGGGUGGGGGGGGGGCAGCGAUAUGGAUUUUGUUAGCUACGACUGGAUAUGUCGUCACUUGUGUGUUCCCUUACCUGAGCAUAUGGCACAGCCGGACCGUGGCAACACAAACACCCUCGCAUCUUACCAACCGUCUCACCGACCAACUCCACCGGCAGAAAUCCCCCCGCCCCCCCGGUGCUUUUGUAACGGUCGGUCUGGUGCUCUUGAUCCAUUUCAGGAGGCCACAUAAGUACCAGAACAUCCAAAUCAAAGCCGCUGUGGACAGACUGCUGUGACAGGAGCGUGUUGGGGGAACUCCAUAGUGUCCCUCGCUGUCCUCAGCUACCAGACACCCUCUCGCCAGCUUCCACGUCUCUGCACACUUCACGGUGCAUCGCCGCUAACCCACUGACAAUCACACACUCUUGACUGUAGUAGUAUGAAUGGGUAUUUGUGCCACGUGGUUUACCUGGAACAGUUUGUCUUCAACAUUGUAUGUGUGUGUCGCUGUGAUGGCUCGGUGCCUAGCAACCGUCUCGCGAGUCGCAGUGGGGCAAGUACGCUGGAAGGAAAGCUACUGGUGAUUAAGAGGAGAGACCUGUUUUUUCUUUUUACUUAGUACCUCAAGUUUUGUUUACUAUUUUGGUGGAAAAUGUUUUUUUCACGGUUGUUGUGUUUAUUGUGUCUUUCUGCGUGAGGGAGAGAAACCUAAUCGACAUGAAGAGUUACUCUGGAGGGGAGGGAUCUUUCUUUGACGCAGCUACUUGCCAUAACCGACCUUUGUUACUUUUAUUUUAGUAAUUUAUAAACGAGUGUACUUGUUAUCUGUGCAUUCAUGAAAUGGGCCUCCGUUUUUUUGUUCAUGUCAUGGUCUUCUGUCUUUAAUGGUCACGUGUCCACACUAAAGCACACAAUCGGUUCCUAAAAGGUUCACAUUGCUUAUCUGCUGACUUUGACUUACUUGUAGGAGUGUUUCAUGUUAUAUGGCUCCUCUGAGAUGUAGUCUGACUAACUAAUCGGUAGAGUGUUCGGGCCUCUGUAUUAGGUGUUGGUUAAUGAAGCAGGCUUUCUUGAUUGCUGCACUAAAACAAGACCAUUAUCCAAGCAGGAACCUGGACUUAAAGCUGCAGCACUACUCGGUGUUUCUGUGUUAACCGUAGAAACAUUGUUGCUGUGAGAAGCCCGGCUGCAGUUCCCCACAGGAACGACACAGCGUUUGGACUUCAUUCCUUCAGCGCGUAGGCCGAUGCCGCUGUCGGGCAGCUAAAGAGGCAAAAAGUUCCCUCGUGUGUUAGUGGAGACCAAAAACCGACUCAGUCUUCACCAGGUGGAGACAAGACCUAUAGCGUUUAAAUAGUUGACAUCUUCUAGACAGCGUCAUCAUGGACAUCUCAAACCAUCUGCCAGCAAAAAGAGUGAUGGCACAUAUUUAGCUUGUCUCGCUCAGCAAACCUCAUGAUUUAUAUAUAUAUAUUUUUGAACAUCCAGAGGCUGAGACUGAACAAAGACACGUUGUUGUGGGUCACACAGCUCCAGUGAAUGUACGGGUCACACUCAGGGGAUUACGCUUCUAACAAACGCAUGUAGUAUUGGGAAAUCUCCCGGUCAGGUAUGUCCCAACGUCCCAAUCGGUUACAGUGCCGAUCACAUAUCACUUGAUAAACGAUAAAAUGAUAAUAGCAAAAUUCCCUGUAUAUAAAACAGACAACCAACCACUAUGUGGUCCUCUGGUUCAGGUAGUGAAGGGACUGAUUCAUGGACCUGCGGACGGUAUAGUACCCAAACUCACUUGGUCAGCAGUGGGCUGUUGGUUGAUCAGUCACUUUUCUAUGUUUCACAUUGUGGUCUGUUCCAUGUAAAUCAAGGCGUAAGGCCGUAUGAAGAUAUUUGUGUGUGUGUGUGCGCACGUAUGUGCACAGUGUGUUCAGAUGCAAAUUUUCUUUGUAGAUCUCAGACUGUGAUUGAACCCUGCACAGAAAACAAGUCCUUUUUUAUAUAAUCUUGAGUGAUCAGUGUGUUUGUGUGUGUGUGUGAGGGAGAGAAGUAUACAUGUACAUAUGACUCAUGUGAAGGUGUGCAGAUAAUACAGUAAUAAACAGUAAUAAACUACCAAUUAAAA